AUGGCCCCUUGCGACUUCCUCCUGACCCGUUUGAGCACCUCCAGAAUUCUGUUGCAGCUGACCAUCAUGAUAAAUAAUAUUCUGUACAACAGCCUUCCAGAGAACUAUACAGGUACUAUUACACGAGAUAUUGGCACAUUUUUCUGGUUAUUUUUUAGCCAAGUUAGCCUCUGGUGUGCCACAUGGCUCAACAUUUUCUACUGUGUGAAGGUCACCAACUUCCCCCAUCGCCUCUUCCUCUGCCUGAAGCUAAGGAUCAAUGUACUUGCACCCAGAUUGUUUGGAAUGGUGAUAAUAGCUCUCAUGCUCUUCUUCUCUGUUCCUUCAACCAUUCUUCAUUUUGAAAACAAGAAGGCCUGCAAUCUCUCAGGAACUCUGAUACACAAUGCCAGUCUCAGCAAGGUUUGCCACGACCAAUUCUUUGUUUUUAGAAUUCUACAGUUAUGUUCUUUAUGCAUGAGUUUCAUUCUCAGUGUAACGGCAUCCAUGGUUUUACUCAUCUCCCUUUGGAGGCACAGAAAGAAUCUAAAAAAGUGUGGCUCUGUCAUUAAGGACCUCAGCACUCAGGUCUAUCUCAAUGUCAUUAAGUCUUUGUUGUUCUCUCUGCUCGUUGACAUUACGUGUUUUGCUUCUUUACUCAUUCCUGUGGUUCGAUUUUUCAGGUAUGGGACAAGUGGCCAAUUACUUUUUGAGAUUGUGCUGUCUGCACUCCCUUCAGCACACACCAUGAUCUUAAUAUUGUCCAAUCCAAGACUGAAAGAAAUCUUAAUGCACAUUCUACACAUCAGACGAAGUGCUACAUAA